UGCAAUUCAUGCAGGACUGCCAGACAGCAUGGAAUCAGGUGUUGCCUGGUUGGGGGGCCGCCAAUCCAGACUGCACUGCACAGGGUAUCACAUGCGACAGCAGCGGAAUGAUCCUGGAGAUGCAACUAGAUUCUCUCAGCAUAGCUGGGUCCAUUCCGAGCUCCAUCAGCAGCCUCCCUGCGCUCUCUAAACUAUUAAUUCGGGACAAUCAACUCUCUGGCUCAAUCCCCACUACAAUCAACGUUCUUACAAACAUGCAACAUCUAUCACUUUCUAACAAUAAACUCACUGGCACAAUUCCUACUGCAAUAGGCCUCCUAACAAACCUCCAGGAGCUAUCGUUUUUUAACAAUAAGCUCACUGGCACAAUUCCCGCUGAAAUCGGCAACCUUGCAAAACUGAACACUCUAUAUCUUAAUAGGAAUCAACUCACAGGCACGGUUCCUGCUUCAAUGUGGAACUUUGCAGACCUGACUUAUCUAGGACUUUCUCGCAAUCAGCUCAGUGGCACAAUCUCUGCUGAAAUCAGCAACCUUGCGAAACUGGAAGGAAUAUCUGUUUCUGUCAAUCUACUCACUGGCACAAUUCCCUCUACAAUAAGCAGCCUCACAAAGCUGACUUUACUAUCAUUGCAUGACAAUCAGCUCAGUGGUUCAAUUCCUGCUGCAAACCUUGCUAAACUGAACAGUCUAUUCCUAAAUGCCAAUCAACUCACUGGCACAAUUCCUGCUUCAAUGGGGAACUUUGCAGACCUGACUUAUCUAGCACUUCAUGACAAUAAGCUCACUGGCACAAUUCCCGCUGAAAUCGGCAACCUUGCAAAACUAAACGAAUUAUAUCUUGAUAACAAUCAACUCACUGGCACAAUUCCUGCUUCAAUGGGGAACUUUGCAGGCCUGAUUUAUCUAUCAAUGUCACACAAUCAGCUCAGUGGCACAAUUCCUACUGAAAUUGGCAACCUGGCAAAACUUAACAAAAUUGACCUCAGUGAUAACCAGCUGACUGGCACGAUUCCUUCAACAAUUGGGAACCUCUUUGAGCUGCGAACAUUUGACCUGAGUAACAACAAGCUGUCUGGAACUAUACCGGACGAAAUUACAGGCUUGGUCUACCUCACACUGCUGGAUCUGAGCUCAAACCGUCUUUCUGGCACCAUACCCCAAGGGCUUUCUACUCACGCCAAUCUAGAAGUUCUCAACAUGAGGAACAACCAGCUCACAGGGAAGGUCCUCGAGCCCGUGCCACCGGCAAUUAAGACAUACAAGCUGGACAAAAACUACUUGACUGAGGGAUUCACGUCUCCCCCACCAUGCGGUCAGGCCUACAUCACAUACCAAAGCAACUGUGCAGACACGCCAGCAGAGGGCCUUGCGUGUGAAGACAGCACUCAGAAGACUGACCCCGUGUGCUCUGCCUUCUGCGGGGUCUCACCCACUUCCCCCGCCUGCAACGGCCAUGGCGUGUGCUUCUUGGACGGCCCCAGCAACACGCCCAAAUGCCUAUGUGACGAAAACUUUGUGAUUGGGGAGUUUCCUGGCAGCUGCGUGGCUGUGGCAGGUGGUAAGACGGAGCAGCAGCAAACUCCCACAGCAGCCACGCUCACAGCCACUGGCGACGCCUCAGUGGGCACAACAGCCACGCUCACUCUCACGCCCGCCCAGCCGUCCAAGGCUGGCAGUGUGUUCCUGGCAGCGCGCGUGCCGCUCUUCUCCUACCAGCUCAUCGGGGACACGUGUGGCCGCGAGCUCGCCUUUUCCUCCUCCUUCUCCUUCACUCUUACCCGCCCCGCUGCUUCCGGCUCUGAAGGUUUUGCCUUUGUGGUGGCCUUUGAUGCCACCCCGCCCACAACACCGGUGGCGGGCGGCAUGGGGUAUGCGGGGAUGGGAGCGCGCAGCGUGGCAGUGGAGUUUGACACGUCGAUGGAUGCAGGCAACAGCGACCCUGACAGCAACCACGUGGGCAUCAACACCGGCGGCAGUGUCACAUCAGUGGUAACCGCCAAGCCCAGCACCCCUCUCAAUGACGGCAAGACCAAGCACGUGUGGAUCACGUAUGACCCUUCCUCCAGUGGCUCCCUGCGUGUCUUCCUCUCCUCCAAGGCGUCCCCUCGCCCCACCAACCCCCUCCUGUCGGCACGCAUCUCCCUGUGUGAGGAGCUCGCUCCCUCCCCAUCGGAGUACACCUUUGCCAUCGGCUUCACUGCUGCAUCGGGCACCCAGGCUCAAAGCCAUGUUGUCUCCGCCUGGACCCUCUCCACCUACUUUCCUAUCCAGCCAGCUCCAGUGGCGGCGCGGGGCUUUACCUACAGCGAGGCGGCGCUCUCUCUGUCGGGGAUGAAUCUCUUCUUCCGCUAUGCCAGCUCGGGCAGUGCUGCUGCUGAGGGUGGCCGCGACGUGUAUGGUGUGCGCCCUGCAGCUUCCUGGGCCAGGCCUGACUUCACAUGGCCUGUCAAGACACAGACAACUUGCGGCGACUGCUGGGCGUAUGCAGUGGUGGGCAGCAUCGAGGCCGCACUCGGCAUUCUCGCCAACGCUGCAGUGGCGCCGGUGCUGUCAGUGGAGCAGCUGAAGGCCGCCAUGAAGGUCGGCUGCUCUGGCAGCACGCCCUCGCAGGCCUUCCGUCUGCUGCUCAAGCAGGCACAAAAGGGAGGCGGGCUCGUGCCAGACAGGCAGUGGGCGAAGGGCAAGGCCGUAAAGGCAGACAGCAGCGGUUCGCUUUGCGCGCCGCUCAUGAAGCCACUGGCGAAGCUGCUUGGUGUGUCAUGUGACGGGGGCAGUGGAAGUCCCUCCGGUGGGUUCUCCAUCAGCGGCUUUGAGUCGACGUCCUUCUACGGCUGGUUUGGGCUGCUGCUGGCCGUGCAGCGGCAGCCAGUGGUGGUGCACAUUGAGGCUUCCGCCGCGUCCUUUAAGGAUUACGAUGGGCUGUCCAAGUACCAGGACCCAGCGUGCUUCACGUACAACCUGAACCACGUGGUGCUGCUGGUGGGGUACCGCCUGGUGGGCAAGGACUCGCGCUUCCCCCACAUGGCGCCGCCCUUCUGGAUCAUCCGCAACUCAUGGGGGCCUGACUGGGGCGAUGGGGGCCACAUGCGCAUGGACAUCCAGGGAGGGGAUGGCAUCUGCGGCAUCAACUCCCUGCCAGGCCUCUACCCUGUGGUCAGAGGCACCUCUGACCCCUGCAGCUUAAAAGCCAGCAAUGAUAACACUGGUUCAUUAUUCAACCCCUGUGGCAAGUUCACGUGCAUUGUGAAGGGCUCAACAAACGAGUGUGACUGCAACGACCCGCGCUUCAUCCAAGCAACCAACGCCGAUGGCUCUCGCACAUGCGCCUACAAGGAUGCAUGCAAGGCAGCCAAGCGCAACCCGUGUGCGGUGGGCACGUGUGUGAAUGAUGGGGCGGGGUCGUACUCGUGUGUGUGUCCACCGGGCUUCAGGCAGGGCACCACCAUCGAUGGCACCUUCUCCUGUGCUCCAGGUGGUACCAACACCACCUACACAGUGCUCUCUCCAAACGUCCGCUGUUCCGAUGUCUUCCCGGUUUAUGGCCUCACGCUCGCCCAGUUCCAAGCCCAGAACCCAUCGGUGUCGUGUGCAGACCCCAUCCCACCCUCCACUGUGCUCAAGGUGGCCAGCCCAGCCUCUCUCAUCCCCUGCUCCGUCUUCUACACCACUCAGCAGGGAGACACCUGUGCGGCCGUGGCCGAGUACUUCCAAAUGGACUCGUCUUGCCCAUCUGCCACCUGCACGGCUGCCUUCCAGGCGCUCAACCCCAGCCUGGACUGCACUGCCAACGGCGGGCUGCUGCAGCCCGAGCAGGCGGUGUGUGUGGAGCGCAGAAGGGAUAAAGUGGGGCUCAUCCCGGUGUGCUCGCAGUACUACCUGGUGCAGAGCGCAGAGACGUGCGAGUCCAUCCGGAACGUGCCCUACCCCCCUCUGAGCCCCGUUGACUUCUUCCGCCUCAACCCCGGCAUGAAGUGCAACCGCCUCAUUCCAGACACCGACGUUGGUAGUUUCACUGGCUUUGAGGCAUGCAUUGCGAGCUCCACUUCCUACACUCAGGGCACGUGCCCGCGUGCGAAUGCGUAUGUGGUGGGGACAGGCGACAGGUGCACGGCCAUUCAGGUGAAGUACUUCCGGGGCAUCAAGGGGUGCUACAAGCACAUCAACGGAUACGACUGCAUCGACAAGCUCAUCAAAGCAACCCGCGUGUGCCUGCCUGACAAAGUCAAGCUUCAGAAAGGAGUGUGCGACAACUGA